AGAGAACCCCACUUCCCUUCUGUCUUCUUCCUCGGUCGCCCGCGUCUCCCUCUCGUCAUUUCUCUCGGCGCGGGCGCGCAUUGCCGGCCCGAGCUCCCCGCCGCUGCCGCCCUACCCGGUUCCGGCGGUGGUUCCGCCAUCCAGGGCAGGCCGAAGCUAACCUCUUCGGUGCUCGACGCCCCCGCCCAACCACCGUGAGAUUCUCACGACCCGCCCCCGGCGGGCGGGCGGCGCCCCCGCUGCCCGCCGUCCUGCCCACAGUCCGCCACAACCGCUGGGACGGAGACUCUCCCGGCGAUCCGUCUAACCCCGGCAGUGUCGCAGCUUCAGGACGGCACGAGGCACGCAUCGGAGAGGCUGGUUCUGCCCGUAGGAUCAUCCCUGGUCCCUAAGCUAAGCUCGCUACAAUGGCAAGAUGCCCACAAUUUGAGCACAGCGGGGGACCAUUGAAGGCGCUGCGUGCAGAGGCUCACGGCCACAUCAGUUUGCUGCCAGACGACAUCCUGAUAGGAAUAAUCUCCUGGCUGCCGAUCCGCGACGCUGUGGUCACAGGCGCUGUCUCGAAGAGGUGGAGGAACUUGUGGAAGUAUGUCCCCAGCCUCAGGCUCACUCGGCAAUGCAUCAAACUGAAAGACGAGGGCCCUAGGAGUGAGCAGGCGGCCCGGUUUGCGGGCGUGGUGAGAUCUGUCCUGUGCCACCACGGCGGUGUAGGGGUCAAGAGAUUAUUUUUCGCCCUCCCGCUCACUUGUUGUUGCCACACCGCUGAGCUGGACCAAGUUAUGGAGUUCGCAGCAGCGGCCGGGACAUCGAUCCUUGGCUUUUUGCUCACCAACAACCGAUGCAGCGAGCACGCGGGACCACCUUACAACUUCCCCCACUGGCAGUUCGCCGGCAGUCAUCUGCAAAGGCUAAUGCUGUGUGGCGUUAGUCUCACCGUGGCACCGCAGAGGAACCUCGAGGGCCUGGCACGACUGACGUAUCUUAACCUCACCUGUGUGGCAGUGGAUGACGGCAGUUUCGCGAGCAUCCUCUCCACUUGUGGCGCGCUCACCGCUCUCUGUCUUCAGGAGUGCCAGCAGCUUGUCCGCAUGAACAUGUCGCACACCCGUCUGCGAUUGCUUGAUGUUGGUAAAUGUCGUAACUUGAAUAGCAUAACGAUAAAUUCAAGCACCCUGAUCGAGUUGGUGUACAAAGGUCACAGAGUCGACAUCAAGUACAGCCACACGCCAGCCAUCGUGAAGCUCAAGAUCUUGCUCUGCAUUGCUGACGAAUGCCCACUUGACUGUGUCGGUGGUGCUGGAGCCCUCCCCAGCCUCGAGCAACUCUUCUUGGAGUUUCCUUCACCUCUUCAUGCCGCCACUUGUACCCAGCUCCAAGGUGUACAGCACAAUCGUUGGUUUGGGGGCCUAAACCGAAUCGUGCUCCUCCUCAAGACGGCAUGGAAGGAGCAUAUCAGCUCAGUGGCUUACCUCCUCAUCGCCGCACCUUCGGUCAAGGAGCUGCGCGUCGAGACUUACAGCGACCUACCAGGGCCACCACCGGAUAACCUGAUGAUCCAAUGGCCAGAGCGCUGCUCAAUGGAAAAGCUCCAGAGCAUCAUCAUCGGUGGAUUCAGCGGGGAGCCGGAGCUGAUGGAACUAACAUUUUUCCUCCUGCAGAGAUCGCCGGCACUCCAGACGCUGGCCAUCGACACACACAGGCGGCAUCUCCAAACCGGCAGCGACAGUGGCUGCAACAGAGAGGAAGCGGAAGACCAUGUGAGGUGCUACUACGCAAGGGGUGUGGCGUGGACAAAUUUGGUGCCCAAGAUCCCAUCAACUGUCAAGUUCACCAUCCUCUGAAUCAUUUAAUGUAUCAAUUGUUUAUGCCAUUGCCCCUUUCCCGUUUAUGCUGUGAAACGUUGGAGUUUGCACCUUUGGAUUCCGAACCUACUAGCAUAAAUCUUUUUGUGCCAGGAUUUUAAUAGAUACCUUGUGAAGAACAAUGUUAUCCUUUUGUGCCAGGAUUAAUAGAUACCUGGUGAAGAACAAUGUUAUCCUUUUGUGCCAGGAUUAAUAGAUACCUGGUUAAGAACAAUGUUAUCCAUUUGUGCCUGGAUUAAUAGAUACUUGGUGAUUUUAAUAGAUACCUUGUGAAGAACAAUGUUAUCCUUUUGUGCCAGGAUUAAUAGAUACCUGGUUAAGAACAAUGUUAUCCUUUUGUGCCUGGAUUAA